UUGAAUUUUUGCGUGGGGGUGGUUUUUCCACCAGUUCUUUCAUCACCACUGAGAGAAGUUACCAGUGCUUUUCUGCUUUUCUAUGUUUUCAUGAGAUUUCAAGUGUGUUUGCUUUCCGAAAUUUCGUUAUCGUUUUAUUUUUAUUUUUGGUAAAAGAAUUUAAAAAAAAAAAAUUAAAAAAAAAUCAGUAAACGAUACCUCUGCGGGUUGUCUGUCCAUCAUCAUUAUGUCCGUACAUAAUUUAAGUGAAUUUUAUAAAGUAAAUAAAAUUCUUGAUGUUGUUAUAUCAGUUCUUUGUUUCUGUGAUGUGAUAAUAUUUUAAUGCUGUGCUUUGUGAAUGAGGAAAAAAGGAAAAAAAAGUCCAUAAAGGAAGAAAAAUACCAAUAAAAUGAAGUCCUUUGUGUUAUUACACACCAAAAAACAGUUACUAACAUGUACUUCAGUGUAGGUACAAAAAUGUUGCUCUCAUGAAGAGCAAAACAAAUACAAGAAAAAAGCGAAAGAAAAAACACCCAAAAAGGAAGAAGAGGAAGAGUGUUUUGUAGAUAGAUAGAUAGAUUUUGUAGAUAAAUUAUUAAGCACCACGAGAGCACAUAGUAGUUUCAUACCCAAAGGAGAUUCAAACUCUAACCAAUUAAUUAGCAACAGCAGCAGUUCCACCAUCACCCGGACUUAAAUUUAUAAAAAGACAGAACAGGAGGAGCCGCCACCACACCACAACGUAGGACAGGAGCUAGAGCAGUGUAUCACACCAGAAAUUGGAGAGACAACAAUGCAAAAAUUGCAUUGUCUUUGCAAGGACAUUCUACAAAAUAAUAGCAAAAAAUGUUUCAUACUGGGUACUUGAUUGCAACCUUGCUAUUUGUUGGAUCUGUUCUCUUCUCUUCACCGACUAGCGUAGCUGCACGUUUCUGCGAAGGCGGACAUAUAUGCUCAUUGCCAAGGGAGUGUUGUACUCAAGGAUGUUGUCCCCCCUAUCAGAGUGGACCUAGACAAUUGCCCCCGGCCACAGAUCAUGUUCUCAAUUUAUUUUUUAUAAGUCAUUGGUAUUUUUGGUGUGUUGUUGUUGCUAUACUCUUAGCACUUUUGUGUGCUUAUUCGCUAUGGAAAAAACGGAGAACACUCUGCGGAUGGGGUUUUACCGAACACCAUGUACAAUCAGAAGGUGAUUCAGCUGGUUCUUGCUAUGCCCCUCCACAGUACAGUCGAUGUAGUUCUUUUCACCAUCCUCCACCCCCUUAUACAGAGGUAACAUCAAAACCUGACCUCUACCCGUUAGUCUUCACCUGCAACAGUGAUAAUGGCAAGAAUGGUGCUAGCUAUCUUAUGGUACAAUACUUUAGAAACUAUAUUGUAAGACCGGCGGGUUCAUUAUCCGGUACGAGUACUGUAGACUCACUUAGUUCCAGUUUCAUUUGCAAUGCAAACGAAGCCAAUACCCUAGUACCACCGCCAUAUUCCCGUGCCGCCAGUCCUGAGAUCGGUUUGAGUUCACACUUCCAACAACAUUUCAUGAUCCCAAGGUCAGCAUCACAGGUUGUGUGCUCUACUGAAAAUUCCAGUCAUCAGCUACGUUGUUUGCAGCAAAAUGGCACGCAAAAUGGCCAAGGUCAGCAAAUAAUGGAAUCGGCUAUUGACGGAAAUGGCGUUACGGUCCACCACUUGCAGCAGUCUAAUCAAAUGCGCUCUUCGGAAAGCGUUAAUUUCCGACACACUAACUCCCAUGCGGAUCGACCUAACAGCAUUGGUGGUUGUGGUACAGGUGGUGGUGGUGGUGAUGGCACUCCAGGCGGCGGCGGUGGUGGAGGUGGCAAUGGUGGCGGAGGAGGAGGUUUCAUAACCUCCCAGAGCGAUCAACACUUCCAUUACAUAACGAAUAGUAACAGUAGCUUAAGCGAUAUAUUUGUGAAUAAUAGCUGUAGCGCUGGCAUCGGCGGCCGAACACCAGACGUUGCUCCGACUCCACAGCAACAGCAGCACCAAGCACAAACAACGACGAUCAAUCAAAGUUCCAGUCCAACUCCACUUCAUAGGGCCAGCACAAAUCCCAAUCAAUUCGUAGAUCAUAGCAGUCCCAUUUACAACUCCUGUGGUUCAAUAGGUGGAAUCUCAAUUACAGUUCCUGUUGCUCGAGAUGGCGAACGUGAAUACCGUGAUCUCAAUAUGUUGCGACGCAGUCUUGAAACUUGCUGUCAAAUUCUCCAGAAACAACAGCAAAUGCCAUCGGUGGCAAACUUCAAUAAUGCCGAAUCACCAGUGGCCAUAGAACUGGCCAAGAAAUUCGAAGAUGGACUGCGGAGUUAUGUUACCUCGACUACGUGCUCGGCUGUGAGUAGUUUAGCUAAUAUCGGCACACCAACGUCCCCACCCCAAGCCACGAGUCCAACCGAUGAAGUCAAAGAGAUUCUCGAUCAGAUUCGUCAAUUACAGAUGGGUGCUAGUUUAGAUGAAAAUGCCUUAACAAUUCACAUUCCACAUGCGCCUCAGCCCCAAACCCAGCCCCAACAGCAGCUUGUUGCCGACUAUAACUAUGGUGCUUCUUCGUCUUUGUCAUCAUCUGCCGCACAGGUGACUUCUUAUCCAAUCUCAAAACGUCCAUCGACGCUGCAGCAAAGCAAGAAAAAAUUCUUUUCUUCGAAACCCAACAAAGCAAUGUACAUCCCAAUGAUGUCAAGUGGCUCGAGUGCCCGUUGUUUCAUGAAAAGUCCGGUAAGUGGGACAAGCUUUCUAAGUCGAGGUCGUGGUCGCAAAGGCUGGAUAUCCAGAUCGGCCCCAACUACUCCCGGAACAGGACUACCCCCAAAUCGCUUGGGUGACGAUAGUCCUCUUCUAAACGAGCACGACGAAGACCAAGAAGCCGAGCAGAAUGUUUAAGAGUAGUAGGAUAAUAUUUUUGCUAAGAAAAACCAAAGAAACCAAAAAAAAUAACGUUGUAAACUUAAGCGCAAAAUAUAGUUUUGUAAUAGAUCUAGAGCUUUUAGAGCAGAACGUGACGAAGCGAAUAAUAUAGAAUAAUAAUAACUAUAUUUAUUGUAUUAUAUUUAAAAAAAAAAAAAAAAAACAAAAAUUACAGCUAGUUUAAACACUCGCUAUAUUUUAAUUCAAAACUAACGAAUACACUCCCAAGAGAAAAGAUUAAAUUUAGAUAAAAAAAGGGCAAAUGUAAAUAAACAAUAAGUCAGAGGCGUAGGUUCUUAUAUAGAGGUGUACCUUUACUUUUUCCUAAUCAAGGUACAUGUAAAGUUUUUAGUUCUUUUUAAUAAAUUGGCUUCCGGAAAUGUACGUGUUUCGUAUUUAGUUAAAAAAAGAUAAUUUUUUCGAAAGUUUUUUGAGCUUUUCAAAUUAAUUUUCAUUUAUCCUGAUAGAUGGCGAUACAAGUGAUAAAUAGUUAUAAAUAAAUAGUUUUUUUAACGUAAAUGGUUUUUGUGAUCAUUUAAAAGGAGCAACGGAUUAACUUGGGACAUUUUGACAGUUGUUGUCACCGUAAAGGCAAUUGACAUUUAAAUAAAAAAAACAUCAGAUUGAUAAAAAAGACUUGUUUGUUUAAAAAAAUGAAGACCAAAUCUAUAGAUCUGGAAUGUAAACACUUGUUAUAAUUUUUUCUUUUACUAGAAAUUCAUUUUUAUAAGUAAAAUAAAUGGUAUUUAGGAAAUAUAGGAACAGCUUGGAUUAAACCUUUUACUGUUUCUGUUUGCAGUUAACACCUAGCAAGAUUUAUAAAAGACUGGAAUCUUUUGUGAAAAAAAUAAUUAUGAAUUAUUUAUUAAAUUCAACCAAAAAAUGUAAUUCAUUGACUAGAGAUUGAAAAGAUUGCAAUAAUUUUUUUCCGAAGAGUGCAAAAACUUCAAAAGAAUGCAAAGAAUACAAUUUAAUGCUAAGAUCUUGAGUGAAUAUAAAAAAAUGCAUGAGAUCUCAAAUGAUUGCAGUCAAAUGAUUGGGAAAAAAUGAUUGCAAUCGUUUAAAGGUCAAAUGACUUCCUGACAUCUUGUCUCUACAAAUGACAAUCAAUGUAGAUAAAAACUGUUUCCUUUUGUCUUUUUAUUGUUGAAAAAUGUUAUGUUGAAUGUUUUGUUCCAAACCAAUUAUGAUGUCAGGAAUUAUUACGGUAUCUUCUAGAAAACAAGAAAAAUACCCAGAAGAUAUAAAAGAUGACUUCAAUUUCGAAAAAUUAGAUCUCAAAUUAAUUUUAAUGUUCAAGCUCUUACUUCAAGAAACCUUACAUACUUUUCUACAUACAUUUCUUAAAAACUUUCUGCAUCAGUAGAAUAACACAUCGAAGGAAAUACGACACCUUCGAACUUUAGUAAUAACGUUUUUUUAAGAUAGUUUCAUAAAAUGGAAAGCUCUGUUAAGUUUAUAUUGUUUAUUUUUAAAUUAUGCUAUAAAAUAAAAUAAUUUAUUGUUUAAAACAAAAAGAAAACAUUAAUUAUAAAUAUUUUAUAACUAAAAUAAAAAUUCCUCUAGACUUUAAAAAAAUAUUACAAACUUUCUAAUAACAAAAAACAUCAUCGCGCCAAAACAAACAUUAAAAAAAAACUUAAACUAAAACAUAAAAGAUUAAUAAAAAUAUUUUUUAUUUAAUAUACAUUAUUUAGUAUAAUGCACACUGGGCAUAAUAAAAAUGCAUAAUUAAAUAUUUGUAUUCUUUUUAAAAACAAUAAAUCAAAAAUAAAAACUACUACGUUUCCAACGACAACGAUUGACUAAAGGAACCUCAGGAGAGUGCUUAGAUUUGAGUUGAACAAACAAAUUAAAAACAAUAAACAAAUUAAACUAAAAACUAAAAAGGAAAAUACAAAACAACAAUAUUACAUAAACAUACAAAAAUUUAAUUUGUUUUCAAAACAUUUAAACACACACUACCUUAAAACUUAUUUAAAAAACAAAACAACAAUAAUAAUAAUAUAAUUAAAUUUUACACUGAAAAAAAAGAAAAAUAAUUUUAUUUUUGUUUAAUUUAUUUAUGUUGCUAUAUACAAAUAAAGAAACUGCACAAAAAAUUUGCUAUAUUACUUAUAGUAUGUAUGUUCGUUAACUUGGAUUAGGUCUAUAUGUAUAUGGGGUGUUUUUCAUUUGAUAUUUUAUUUAUUUAGGUAAUAAAUUCCAUGUCAUGCAAAAAUAUGGAUUAUACAUUUUGAAAAUAAAAAUAAUGUCUUUAUUGGAAAAUUAAAAAAAAAAAAUACAAACAUUUGUAAGCCCAAUAUUUGCUUCAUCUUUAUAACUGAAUUGUGAUUCAUUUAUUGAAUUGGUAACAAGAAAACUUAAAAAAUGAUUUAAAAAUAAAAAAAACAAAUAGUGAUACUGAAAAAGAAUUAUAUAUUUGGAAAUACAAACAAAAUAAAUAAGAAAAAUAAAUUUUAAACGAAUGGAAAUUAU